AUGGACCUGGUGCCGCACCCGGACAGCCCGCACUCCGACAACAGCGGCGGCGGCGGCGGCGGGGGCUCGGCGUCCGGGGCGCUGUCGUUGCCGGGGGCGUCGUCCGCGGGCGCGGUGUCGGCGCUGGCGUCGCCGAGCCGGUACGAGUCGCAGAAGCGCCGGGACUGGAACACGUUCGGGCAGUACCUGCGGAACCACCGCCCGCCGCUGUCCCUGGCGCGCUGCAGCGGCGCGCACGUGCUCGAGUUCCUGCGCUACCUCGACCAGUUCGGCAAGACCAAGGUGCACACCCCAGCCUGCCCCUUCUUCGGCCACCCGGCGCCGCCGGCACCCUGCCCGUGCCCGCUCCGCCAGGCGUGGGGCAGCCUCGACGCGCUUGUGGGCCGGCUACGCGCCGCCUACGAGGAGAACGGGGGGCGGCCCGAGAACAACCCCUUCGGCGCGCGCGCCGUCAGGCUCUACCUCCGCGAGGUCCGCGACCAUCAGUCCCGCGCCCGGGGCGUCAGCUACGAGAAGAAGAAGCGCAAGAAGGCCCCGGCGCACCCCGUCCCCGCCGCCGUCAUCUCCUCCUCCCACGACGGCAACGGACACCACCACUACGAGCACCAGAUGCCGCCGCCACCACCGCCCGGCGCAGCGGCUUGA